AUGCCUAUGGGUUCACCUCUAUCUCCGGUUAUCGCUGAUAUUGUGUUACAAGAUUUAGAGAGGAAGGCGUUAGAUACUUUAGGUUUUUAUAUUCCAUUUUAUGUAAGAUACGUGGAUGAUAUUGCCAUGGGUGCUCCUUUCGAUAAAACCUCAAAAAUUCUGGAAGUUUUUAACUCAUUUCAUCCCCGUUUACAAUUUACGUUAGAAAUAGGUGGAAAAAGGUUGAAUUUUUUGGACAUCACUAUCAUUAAGAAUAACCAAUCUUUAGAAUUUGAUUGGUAUCAUAAGCCUACAUAUUCGGGGAGAUACUUGAAUUUUUUUUCUGAACAUCCCUUGUCGCAGAAAAAGGGAACUGUUAUGGGAAUGGUUGAUAGAGCUUUUCUAUUAUCAGUACCUAAAUACCAUAAAAAGAACUUGUUAUUUGUGAUAGAGACACUUUUGAAUAAUGACUAUCCGGUGGAUUUUAUUUUCAAUGUAAUGAAUGAUCGUCUAAAAUCUUUACUGCAUGGAAAAACGUUGAUGCAAAACAGUGAUAAUGAUAACGGCACAGAUGUAAUAAACAAUAUGUGGUUUGCGUUUCCUUAUGUAACUAAGGUUUCGGAUAAAUUUAGAGACAUUACCAAGGAUUAUAAAGUCAAUCUUGCUUACUUUAGUCUCAAUAAGCUUAGCUGUUUUAUAAAAACACAUAAAGAUCCGGUACCGAAUAUGUCUAAAAAGAAUGCAGUAUAUAAGAUCAAGUGUAAUAAUUGUGAUGCUUCAUACGUUGGUCAGACUAAACGUACAGUAAAGACGAGAAUUAAUGAGCACCGUAAUGAUAUUCGAAAAAAUAUUAAUAAUCAUUCGGUAAUUACAGAACAUAGACUUAAUUAUAAUCACGAUUUCGACUGGGACAAUAUAGAGAUUAUGGAUAAUGAAAGAUUUUUAUUUAAACGACGAAUAUCAGAAAUGGUGCACAUACAAUUAUAA